UAAAGACUCUUGCUGCCUGUUUGCAAAUACUGACACAACAAAACAAAACACUUCCAGCUGAAGUUGAUAAUCUCUGAGCAGACUGAAAAUUCAAAAUGAAUGUUUGGGAAAAUGGUCGACAGUUUCUCUACAAUGCUUUUCCAGCAAAGUACCACGGUUUGUUAAACCAAGGAGCAACAUGUUACCUGAACAGUGUGCUGCAGGUGCUGUUCAUGACCAAAGACUUCAGAGAAGCUGUGGAAAGGCCCACCAGUGAAACUCCUGGCCCUAUUGAUCAUGAUCUUAAACAACUGUUUGAUGACUUAAAAAGAUACACAGCUUACACCUUUAACAUCACAAAGACGCUGGGGAUCGACAAAGUGUAUGAACAGCGUGAUGCUGCUGAGUACUUUGAGAAGAUUUUAAGUCUGACCAGUCCUGAAGCGUCGCAAAUCUUCCACGGACUGCUGACGCACAAGAUCAUGUGUUCUCAAUGCCAUACAGAGAAAGACAACGAUGAGAGAUUUUGGCAUCUUCCUCUUGCAUUAUUGGAUUCCUGUGGUGAAGAAACCUGCAGUGUGGUGAAUGGGAUUGAGGCGUAUUUCAGACCUUCUGUUUUCAGCGGAGAAAACCAGAUGUACUGUGACGAGUGUGACGCCAAAUCUGAUGCUACUAAUAAAUGUGUCAUAAAGCAUCAUCCAGAGGUUUUGAUGCUGCUGUUGAAGAGGUUUGAGUUUGACUACAGUCACAUGACUUAUGUCAAAGUCAACUGCACUGUGGAUGUUCCCUACACUCUACAGAUACCAGAGAAUCAGACGUAUGAACUGUAUGCAGUUGUGGAUCAUUUAGGAGAUCUUAGAAGUGGAUGUUACACGGCAACAAUCAAGGAUGAUGAGAGCUGGUAUCGAUUCAAUGAUGACAAGGUCACUUUGCUUGAUUACCAGCCGUGCCAGGUGGAUAACUCUGAGAAAUCCAGCAGUGCUUACCUUCUCUUUUACAGGAAAACUAAUGCAAAGUACCACGGUUUGUUAAACCAAGGAGCAACAUGUUACCUGAACAGUGUGCUGCAGGUGCUGUUCAUGACCAAAGACUUCAGAGAAGCUGUGGAAAGGCCCACCAGUGAAACUCCUGGCCCUAUUGAUCAUGAUCUUAAACAACUGUUUGAUGACUUAAAAAGAUACACAGCUUACACCUUUAACAUCACAAAGACGCUGGGGAUCGACAGAGUGUAUGAACAGCGUGAUGCUGCUGAGUACUUUGAGAAGAUUUUAAGUCUGACCAGUCCUGAGGCGUCGCAGAUCUUCGGCGGGCUGUUGACACACAAGAACAUUUGUUCUCAAUGUCGUACAGAGAAAGACAACGAUGAGAGAUUUUGGCAUCUUCUUCUUGCAUUAAUGGAGUCCUGUGGUAAAGAAAACUACAGUGUGGUGAAUGGCAUUGAGGCGUAUUUCAGACCUUCUGUUUUCAGCGGAGAAAACCAGAUGUACUGUGAAGAGUGUGACGCCAAAUCUGAUGCUACUAAUAAAUGUGUCAUAAAGCAUCAUCCAGAGGUUUUGAUGCUGCUGUUGAAGAGGUUUGAGUUUGACUACAGUCACAUGACUUAUGUCAAAGUCAACUGCACUGUGGAUGUUCCCCACACUCUACAGAUACCAGAGAAUCAGACAUAUGAACUGUAUGCAGUUGUGGAUCAUUUAGGAGAUCUUAGAAGUGGAUGUUACACGGCAACAAUCAAGGAUGAUGAGAGCUGGUAUCGAUUCAAUGAUGACAAGGUCACUUUGCUUGAUUACCAGCCGUUCCAGGUGGAUAACUCUGAGAAAUCCAGCAAUGCUUAUCUUCUCUUUUACAGGAAAACUAAUGAAGACAUCUCGGAGGUGUCCACUCCUGGAGGCUUCCCACCUGCUACCAGUGGUAUCUAUGAGCAGUUUGGAGAUGCUGGAAAGAUUAGAGAGAUAGAGGAAGUUGAGGGGGCAGCAGAAGCAGGUAAUGAAAAUGCAGAGGCUGAAGAAAAAGACACAGGAACUAAAGACACAGUCGGUGUUUGGUCUGGAGGAGUGGGACGAUCACCUGAGCCCUGCUUUAAUGUGGAAGGUCAGAACAAGGGAGUUUAUUCCAGGGAGAGUAAACCAUACAAGCAUCAGGAGUGUAAUGAGAAAAGACAUGACUUAAGUAAUCUUCAAGAUGCUCAGGCUGAAAAACAGAAAAUAGUGACAGCUGAUGAGGAGGACAUGGGAGGAAAUGCAGAGGUGGGAAAGAGAGGACCCUUAUCUAGAGAAACUCAACUUGAAGAAAGUGUCGAGGAUCGAGACACUGACAGUGGAAGACCAGAUGAUGUUAGACAGAGGAGACCAGACAUUAAUCAUGAUUACAAGGAUGAAGAGACUGGAGAUGAUGAACAGUCAGAGAAGAAGAGAAACUCCUUGACUAAAUACCUUGACCGCAAUGUAGAGGAUCAAGACUAUGAACAAAACAUCAGCAAAGAUCUGGGGGGUACACAGGAAGUUGGACAAGAUGAUCCGGGGUGUGAACAAAUAAGCAGAAGCACGAAUACAAAACAUGAGCAACAGGGAAAGGAGAAGAUGGAUGUUAAGAGAGUCAAGGAACAAAAGAGCAGAGAUGAUAACGGUCAGGAUGUAGAGGAUCAGAACAAUGAAGGAUUAGACGAGAUUAGACAGAACCAGUCAGAACAGAAAAUCACUGAUACACAUUCAAGACAUAAAGAUGUUUGUGUGGAGAAACAAGCCAAAGAGCAGGACGAUGAACACAUUCAAAACAGAGCAGACUCUUCUGUUAGACAAGCAGGAUCGUCAGGAAGCAGAAGCCUGACAGAGAAUCAGGAAGUUAGCAGUGUUGAAAAGACGAGACAUGGUGAUCCUCAACCAAAGGCAAGAAAUGAAUUUCAUGAAGAUACAAGUGAAGGAAGACGUGGUUCAGGGCAAUCAAGAUCAUGUUAUGUGAAGAUAACUGAGGAAGAAUUUGAGGGUGGUAUUCAAAAAAGAAGUGAGACAACAUACAGAAGCAUACAAACUGUAGGAGGAAGCUCCUAAGGCAUUAACAUUUGGGUACAAAAUAAUCACUUUUGCGAUUUAAAUCUGAGUGUGUCACCUUCGCCAGAGCCACAGAAAUAUUGGACCAAAGGAGUAAUUAAAAAUGAAUCAAACUGUUCAACGCCAGAAAAAUGCUAAAAGCGUCUGCAGCACAAGAACAAGCUGUUGGAAUGAAACUUGCAUUGAAAAAAAGACAUCAUACAAAAAGAAAAUGGUGGGAUAUCUCCUCCCCACUGAAGCAACACAGAGCGGAAAAAACAAAAGGAAAAAAAACUACUGGGUGUUUUUAUUCUUCUUGUAAAAGACGGAAAAAUGCAGACCGGGCCUCAGAGUCAGAUUAAGAUGAAAUACAUACCUUGUUCAGAAUAAGUCAGAUUGUUCUUUUAUGAGGCUGCUUGUUACUGUGUUGAUGCACAGGAUUGUACUUACAGAUUGAGUAAUUGUAUUACUGAAUAUUUUCCAUUUAAUCUUUUUGGUUAAUGCCAUUUGAGUUUCUUUUUGUACUUUGAUGUUAUUUUGUUUCUUCAGUCUGAUUCAGUUUUUUUUUUUUUUCAGCAGGAUUGAUUUUGUGUAAAUAGCUGCAAAUGUAAAAGGCUUAAUGAGAAUGAGGGUUCAGUCUGUAAGAGAAAGUUACACAAUGGAAACUGACUUUAAUAAAAUCACUUUCACAGAA